GUUCAGGGUGAGGUGAAUAAUCAGAGGGCGAGCACCACUGACUGCUCAAGGCAGCUGCUGGACACCUGUUGCCUAGGAAACUGAAACGGCGGGAAAAUUAUCUGUUAAUGACGUGAAGAGCUGUUAAGGACAGUCAGUCAUGUCGUCUCCUGCACUGCUUAACCUUCUACGCUGUGGCCGCUUCUCCGUGGGCAGACAAACCCUCGCCGCUGUUCAAUCCUCCCUGGAGGCCUCCACUCAGUCUGGGCAGGUUGGUGGACCUUUGUUGGGGCUGGUGGGCGUGCGGCGGGCCAGCGGCUCGGUCAGGUUCGACAGUGACGGCAGUGGCCGGCCAGUAACCUGGGACUCAUUUGGUAUUUGGGACAACCGUGUAGAAGAACCAAUAUUACUGCCUUCAAGUAUCCGUUAUGGAAAACCCAUUCCACAGAUCAGUCUGUCUCGGGUUGGCAGCGCGUCUAUUUUGGGUCUCCGGAGAGAGAAUGAGGACAGACUGCGUAUUGCCCGUAUUGAUGACAGCCUGCUGUACUUCGCCGUAUUCGAUGGCCAUGGCGGCCCACACGCUGCCGACUACUGCUGCACCUUCAUGGAGAAGUUCAUCAGAGACGCUUUGGAGGAAGAACAAGAUCUUGAGAAAGUUUUACAGAAAGCCUUUAUAGAUGCUGAUAAAACUUUACACACACACCUAAGCUUCUUCAACAAUGAAUCGUUUCUGAAAUCAGGCACAACAGCAACAGUCGCUUUGCUGCAUGAUGGGAUAGAGCUGGUGGUCGGCAGCGUCGGUGAUAGCCGGGCGAUGCUGUGCAGGAAGGGACAUGCCAAUAAACUCACAAAAGACCACACACCAGACCGCAAAGACGAGAGAAAACGGAUCCAAAGGUUUGGUGGUUUCCUGUCAUGGAACAGCGUCGGUCAAGCAAACGUUAACGGGCGGCUCGCCAUGACGCGCAGUAUCGGAGACUUCCACCUUAAAUCCAGCGGCGUAAUCGCAGAACCGGAAACACGUCGACUUUCGGUCCAACAUGCAAAUGACUCCUUCCUGGCUUUGACCACAGAUGGUAUUAACUUCCUUUUGAGUGAUCAGGAGAUCUGUGAUGUCAUCAACCAGUGUCAAGAUCCCACUGAAGCAGCAGAAAUCAUUUCUCAGCAGGCUCUGCAGUAUGGCUCGGAGGACAACGCCACCAUCGUCAUCAUCCCAUUUGGAGCCUGGGGGAAACAUAAAAGCUCAACCAAGAUCUACAGCAUGAGCAGGAACUUUGCUUCGAGUGGCAGAUGGGCAUAGACAAAAACAUACAUAAAACUUUAGCUCAGACAAUCAUCUUAAUGUCACUUUAAGUAACCCAGAUUUUCUUAAAUCAUAAAUAUUGCCACUCAUAAAUCCAUCCAAACUGCCACCCACCAGCGUUAUCAAGUCCCUUCCCAACUCAGUAGUCAAUUCUGUAAAUAUAGUGUAAAAUAAUAAAAUGUGUAUAUAUAUAUAUAUAUAUAUAUAUAUAUAAAGAUUUAAUGAAGUGUUGUUCCAUAUAUCAGCUUUGUAUCAUUAAAUAUUGAGCCUUCAGAGAAACCUUUUUAGUAUAUUUAUAUUUUUCCUGAGAGCUGGCAUGGAGUUUCCAGCAAUUAUCAAGAUGAAGGCAAACAUUUUUACCCCUCAAAAUAAUUCAAGAAUAAAAAAGCAGGUUAUUUUAAUCAAUACCAAACCCUUUGUUUAAAUUAUGAGUUACAUUAUGGUUUUGAUCUUCUACUCAUUGACCACCUGAAGAUGUUAACCAUGACUACCUUAAAUGAAUACUAACCCUGAGCCCUCUACAAUGAUAAAGCUCCACAAAUUAAACAGUAAAA